ACCGGCGAUGGAAAAAAAAAGCAUGCUUACGUGAUUGAGCUCUUGUUCGGCCACGGACCUGUUCGGAGAGUAGACCGUGGCUCCCAGUAGAUCGGAGAGUUUCUUCAGGUCCAUUGUUAAUGUUUUAAUGUGUGGCGUCAACCUGUUUAUAAUGUGGUACGUCGAUGUUGUAGCGAUGCGCACACGUAGCGUACUACUAUCAGAAAUAUGUGUGCACUGUAAGUGCGUGCUCACGGAUGAGUGACGACAACGAUGAACGAAAAGAGAUGAACUCAAGGCGGAGACGGGUGCUAAGUGCUGUUCAAUUUGAACAACGAAUCACGUGACAUCAAAAAUCGCAUUCCAUUUCACGAUAUUCAGAACCCGAGAACCGCCAUAAUGAAAAUAAUAAUGGUUUUUGUGUUUAUUUUUUUUAUCAACAGUGCUUCCCAAAUAGAGGAAAAAUCGUCCGCUGAUAUCGCCGGAGCCCCUGUCAACCAAUGAACAACAAACAACCAGUCAUUGCCGUGGUACAGUCACUGUUUUCUAGUCUCGACCGCUGAACCACUUGGUGAUCAACGUUGUUUGCACUGUGUAAAGGUGAUCAUAUCAUAUGUUUUUCAUAAUUUCAAUGAUAAUAUAUCGUUUUCUUCAAAACUUUUAUUGUAAUCGGUCAAUAGAAUUGUCUUGCCGUGGAAAACUAUUUCAUUUCAUUUAAACGAAUAAGUUAUCUAAAUCCACAAAUAUCCAUCAUCAUGAGCUACUGGAGAGCCGCAGGACUAAAGUAAUUCCUUUUAAAAGUAACCAUUUCGUAUGCAUAAACUUCUAUUAGUUGUUUAAUAUUCACUACCUAUACGACUACGACAUAAGCCAUUCGUUUCCAGCUUCUGGAUGGUUAUUAAUCUUUUAGAAAUGUCGGCUUUGUAAUUCGGUCCACAUUUGCAUGUCUUGUCUAACUCUUUCAAAGUUCAUCAUUUUGUAAACUACUAAAUAUUGAAAUCGAUAUAUAUUUCUUAAAAAAAAUCUCAUUGUCUUUUGAUAAAAACUAUUUUGUGUCUAAUUAAAAUAAAAAAUAAUUAUUUCGGUAAUUUUUAUUCUAAUUUAUUUUACAAAGUUUUAAUGUUUGAUGAGUGAAGUUUACUGAAAAGUUGUCUUCUUAAAAUUAUAUGAAAAAUUUCACCGAUUAUCUCUACAGUGUACUUAUUAAGUUUUUUUAACGUUAAGAAAAUACAGUCAUUUAUUAUUUUAAUAAAACUAUACAAGUAAAAUUAAUAAAGUUUAACACAACUCAGACUAUUAUGUUUAAUUUACAUAGCUUAAAAAUAGUAAACUAAAAACCAUUUCAUUUUUUCUUUGAUUCUAGCUAUGUUACAUAUUCUAACAUAGCUGCCAAAAUUGUCCGAAGGGUGUUAAAGCCGGAACUCCAAGCCAAUGCAAUCAAGCGUGAUGAAACACAUGUAAAGUUUACUCCGUGGAUCAAGGGAAAGCCAUCAAGUAAGUACAUUUUAUUUUAUUAUUGACCUUUUAAACUUAUUAAUGAAUCAUACAUGUGUACUAUGAAAUUUUGUCUAUCGGCAUUCAGGGAAAUUAAAUUGAUUGCUAUGUACAAUUUACUAACUAAAAAUGAAAAACAAAAUAAUGAAUAAAUAUUUUUAAAUCAUAAUAUGUAAAUAAUAUAAAGUAUACAAAUUCAUGAUUAAUACACAGCUGCAUAUGCCUUCUUUUUUAUAGUUUAAUUUUAAAUAUUGUGAUUAGUUAUGUAAGAGUUUCUGAAAAUAGUUAUAUUUUGUCAAACUUUUUGAUUUUCUCAGUUUCGCAUUAUUUCUGUUUAUAACAUAAUUUCUAUUAGACCUGAGUUAUUUUAUAAAUCUUUCACUUAUGGGAGCAGCAGUUUAAAUUCUAAAUUCCUUUCAUUUCUUAUAAUAUUAUUGUUUAAAUAUUCCAGUAUUUAAUUAGAUAAUGGAUAAUACUUUAUGAUUAAUAAAUAACAUGUUAGUAUUUAUUUAUUAAUUUUAAAAAAAUUACACAAACAAUAAAUUUUACUAAAUAAAGUUAAUUUAUGAUGUAUUUCUAAAUAAACAAAUAAAUUGCAAUAUUAUAUUUCAGACGAAAAAGCUUGAAAUUCUAUAAGCUAACUUGUUGAACAUUUUUGUAAUUUUUAGUAAGUUUUAGUGUUUUUAAGUUAAAGCGAGUUCAUUUUUGCAUGGAUAUUUGUUGAAUAAAAUUAUAUCAAAUAAAUACAUUAUGUAACACGUUUUUUUUUCUGAUUGACAACAUUAAUAUAACAGUUUAUAAACUAUUGUAAUUGUAAAAUAAUUCAUAUGGAUAUCAAUAUUUAAUAUUUGCUUGCAAGUUUGUUAUUAUUUUAUAAUUUAUUUUAAUUAAUUCCAUGAUAUUCAAAAUAAUAAUGUUGCCUAAAAACAAUCAGUUUUAUAUUUUAAAAUUAUCAUGGCAUUCUGUAAUACAUUUUUUUUCUACUGAAGAAAACAAUAUAAUUAAAAUUCUUAUUAAAAAAAAAUAUACAAUCAAAUAAUGUUUGAAAAUUUAGAAUAAAUUACUAUUAGACUAUCUAUAUAACUCUAUACAGUUAUAAUUAGAGUCUUGAUUUUUUGGACUUAGUUUGUUAGGCAUGCGUUUUUAGUAGACCUAAUUUUAAUCAUACAGUUUACAGCAAUUUGAAGUUAUGCAUUAAUUUUGCUUUAGUAUAUACUUAAUAGUGUAUGAAAUAAAUACAAUUUUUGAUUAUAAUAAUUAGUGUUCAAUUUUUUUUUUUUUUUUAUCUAAUCAACUAAUUAAUAAUUAUAAAUGUAUAUACAAAUUUGUUUAAUUUACUAUUAUUAUUUUUUUAGAGCCAGGUCAAUAGUUGAUUUAACAAAAAUGAAAGACUACAAGUUUUAAAUGAAAUUCAAUGUAAUAUGUUUUUGUUUAGUUAUAUUUAUUGUAAUAAUUUAGUUAAUAAAUAAUUGCAUAUUAUUUUACAUCAAUUAUGAUAAAGUAUACAUUUGUAUCAAACCAUACUAAGUUGUUUUUUUUUUUUUUUUUUUUGUAGGUCUAAUAAACAAUAUAUUUUAUAAAUACAUACCAUGUUAUAUGUUUGUUUAAAAUAUUGUGCUUGUUUUGAAAAAAAAAAAUCAUAAAUAUAUUUCUUGCUAAAUAGAACUAAAAUAGAUACAGGAUGAUUUAUUAAUUGUGGUCACCCUAUUUUUUUGGAUAAAUUUUGCAUGUAAUCAAAUCAUAUUCUAAAUUUUUGAAUUUUAAAUGUAGUUAAAGCUGAUAUUUUCUAUUACUUAGAUUUUUCACAACAUUCAAGGAGUAUCUUGUAGCUAUACAGGUUUAUUAAAUGAGAACAUAUAUUAAAAAUUCCAUAAAUAAGCAGAGCAUUACUUUAAAUAAAUUAUGAUGUCAAAAUUAUUAAUUUCCAUAAACAAGAUAUUUUAUUUUUAAGUUUAGUUAGAGGGAGAGUAAUGAAUUAUGACGGCACGGUGCGCAGCGUUUUAUUAAUGCCCCAUUACUUUCCCCCACCUAAACUUAAAAGUGAAAUAUCUCGUCAACAGGUUGAAGGAAAUCAAAAAUUUUAACAUUGCAAUUUAUAUAAUAUAGGUUCUCAUUUGAAAAAUCCAAGUAUUCGAUAAUAUUGUCUACGCUUAAAAAUUUCAAAAAUCAGAAUUUGAAUACAUCCCAAAUUUAACCAAAACAAACAAUGGGGUGAGUACGGUUAGUGAAUCACCCUUUAUAUAAAUAUCUUUUAAAGAUUAAUUUAAAAUCAAAUUCCUAUGAUUUUUUUUUAUUGAAAUUUGUAAAUACAUUGUUAUUAUAUAUUAUUAAUUCAAACCACUUCUGGUUGGGUUAAUACAAUCUGACAUUUUAAGAAAUAGGUUGAUAAGUUGGGAAAAUAUUCAUUCAGACAUAAAUGAACUCGUUUCUCACAUAAUUUUAAACAUACUGUAUCAUUUACCUAUUGGCAGGUAAAGUAUUAUGGUAUAUUAUAUAUUAUGAUGAAAAAAUAUAAUCGUAUUUAAAAAUUUGCCAACAAAUUCUUGAACAAAAUAAUAAACUAGGCAAAUGAUGAUAGUUGUGAU